CGACUCUUUAUGUCUAGCAAGCAACAUACCCAUAAGUUCAACCAGCCCGAGGCGUUGGCACAGUCAAAAGUAAAAUUUAGCACCCAUGAUGACUGUAGACAAACGGAUAAAGUGAUGUGGGACUCUUUAGAGUCAGAUACAGAGAGUCUGGUGCAGGAGAAAGAGUACCAACGAGAGCUUCAGAUGCGCGUUAACCAUAUCUCUGCGGAGACCUCCAUGUGUGCUGAGACUGACAGCGUGGAGCCCGAGCAGUUUGAUGUUUAUGACAGUCUGGAGCUGAAACCAACACAGCUGAAAGGACCACUGAGACAAACUCCCCCUGAUGAUGGAUACGCUGACUUGCGCUAUGACCCAAAUUGGAGGAAGAAUCUGGAAGGGGCUCUGUUUCUCAAGCAUCUAAACGCAGGCCUUUCUCUAGACUCAUCUGAGGAGUCUGAAGACAGUUUUGAACCCUUGGAGAAUGUGGCUCUAGGGAGCAGGCGAGAAUAUGCCGUUGUCAGUAACCCAUCGGUGGUUCAGACGGACAAUUGUUUAUCCCCAGCACAAUCAUCUCCUUUUCAUCUGCACCCACAACGGGAAGACAGUCUUGAUCCUCCCGAAUCUAAAAGUUCUUGCAUGUCCACACCAAGGGAUCCCAGAGAGCUAAUGAACGUCAGAUCAGUUUCUCCACAGAAAAGAAUCUCUCGACAUUCUGCUGAUCCAAUGCCAGUCAGAGCUAGGGAAGACAUUGUGGAGCGCAACAAAGCAACUCUUGGUAUCAACACACAUAAGAAGGGGUCUUACCUGAAAGCUCAUCAGCAGAAAGAUAAACCAGAUGAGACAAAGCAACCCAGGCGAACCUCUUACGAGACUAUCAGCACUCGUAGCCCGGAGAGUCAAGACAAUGUCCUGGAUCCCGAGCUGAUGUGGCUCCAAAAAACACAAAAACUGAAGCAGAGCCAUAAAGAACGGAAGGUACCGAAAAAGAAGGAACGAACCAGCAACCACCCAGAUCAGCUCAAGCCUCUGGUUCCUGAAUCUAAACCCAAAGCUCAACUUAAACCCCUUACAGAGAAACAAGUCACCGGGAUUAAUGACCAGACCCAGGAAGUUCCAGCGGCCUACAAUCACAACCCACCAAAACACCAGUCUGGACUUCCAUCUAACACUAAUGCUCCACCAACAGUCAACCUUAACAUAAACCUCCACACUCCUGCCAGUCAUGCACAACCACUCAAUAUUUCUCAAAAAGAGACUAUUUUUACUUAUGUUUCUCAAGCACUGCAAUGGGAUCUGUUUAACCCACCAUUUUUACAAGCAGGCUAUCAAACCUCUGUACUUCCUAAUUCAGUAGAGCAGAUGGGAUUGGCUCCAAAAGCAGUUGCAUCUUCUCCAGCUGCUCAAUCUGGUUUGGUGGUACAGGCUGUGGACAGAAAUGUUUUUCAGAGGCAUGCUGGGAAACCUCUUCUUAAUGAAAAUGCAUCAAUCAGGAAUCAUAACAGACUCAGGAUACCUAUGCUAAAAUUUCCCACAUCCCCUGAAGCGGAAGCCUUCCACUUUCCACCUGAGCUUUUGUCCAGUGAUGAGGAGAGUUUGGGACCCUGCAUUUCCUCAGCACAGAUCACUGGUCCUUACGCAGUGCUGCCCCCUAUAGCCCGAGCGAAUGGCAGCGACACAGAACUCAGCUCAGAGAGAGACCAGCAGCUGAAUCCAAUCUACAGAAGUGGCUCAGAAGGUUACCUUACACAAAUGGAGAAACACAGACAGCUGAAGGCUAAAGCAAAUUAUAAGGCUUAUACACUGAAGGACUACAAGGACAUGAAACAGGAGGUGAAGCUUGGAGGUCUUGGACCAACAAAUAUGGUACCAGAAGCUGUGGCAGAGAAAAUUAGACGACAGAAGCUGUAUUCAAAUGUGAUCCGUGAACAGAACAAGAAGAUAAGUAGGAUUCCCUCUCUGUCAGCCAAGGACCCAGUGGGCAGCGUCGACAAGGACGCGGUUCCCAGGAGGAAGGCUUUAGAGUAUGCCAAAACUAUUGCAAAGCCCAAAGCCCCUCCAAAGUCAAAGGACAGGCCCGGAGAGCAGAAUAUAAACACCCAGCCUCAAUAUCUGCAGGAAACAGACCCAAUCCAUCUGGCCACUCUGGAUAUGCUGAAACGACAUGAGGAAGAGAAACGUGCCGUGGCUCGCUUUAGAACAAUUCAUGCGGUUUAAUUCUUAAAAGCCACAUGCGUAGAUGAGUUAUGCUAAUUGCACUUCCUAAUUUUCCCUUGCUUUAAUUCAGAAUUUGCGUGUUGAUUUUUGUGUGUAUUCAUGCAUGCGGUAAUGCUGUUUAUUUGCAAAGCACUGGAAGUGGAACAGGUGUGUGUAGCACAUAAUCCACUGCAAACUAAUUCCCAAAACCAUUUUUUGGAUAUAAAGAAAUCUGCCGUGGGGUUUUGUUGCCUGGCUUUGCAUUAUCCUGCUAUUUCCCUCUUGUUUUCAAUAGGUCUGUGCACAAGAGCACCAAUCUCUUCAAGCACACCUGGAUGCACCGUUAACCCAGUGUAACGUGCCGUUUUCUGUCAGUUCCUGGCUAUUAGUCUGAUUAUAUCCACUUUUGCCUGCCCUUUUCUUUCACCAAGAGAAAAAAAUAGGUCAAAUAAGGAUGACACUUUGAAGCCUCCCUUAUUAGAGCCCGCAAACUUGUUUUCUGUAUUUUAAAGUGAUAAUUUUCCCCCUAAAACAAGCUCAAGCACCUAUUUCUUUAAUGGAAGCUUUAGAUCGUUAUCAAAGAGCUAUUUACUCCUAUGUAAUAUUUUAAUUAGAUUAUAGCCUCUAUUUAACCCAUCAUGUCUGCUUUGAUACUCUGUGUUUUCAGUGUUAAGCCUCAGAGGCGAGGCUAAUAAAUGCUGGACCUUUUGAAUUAAUGAGAAA